AUGCUUGAUGAUCCUCGGUCCAUGGAGGUUUUGCAGACGAUUGAAGAUCUGCAGGACCAGAACCAGGACUCGGAGAUGGACCGGGACCAGGAGUCCAGCAUCAGGACCAGAGCGGGAUCUUCCUCUGGUCUGCAGAAACAUAAAGGCAAAGAGAGACCCACAAGUUAUCGCUGUGAUCACUGCAAGAAAGUCCUCACCACUUCAUCAGGUCUGAGAAAACAUAAGAUGAGUCACACUGGAGAUAAACCGUUCACUUGUGAUCAGUGUGGAGCAGCUUUUACCACAUCAUAUGAUUUAAGGACUCACCAGCGUAUUCACACUGGAGAUAAACCGUUCAGAUGUGAUCAGUGUGGAGCAGCUUUUACCACAUCAGGACAGCUAAGCACUCACCAACGUGUUCACACUGGAGAUAAACCAUUCAGAUGUGAUCAGUGUGGAGCAGCUUUUACCACAUCAGGUGGUCUAAAGAUUCACCAACGUAUUCACACUGGAGAUAAACCGUUCAGAUGUGAUCAGUGUGGAGCAGCUUUUACUCAGUCAGUUGGUUUAAGGACUCACCAACGUAUUCACACUGGAGAUAAACCGUUCAGAUGUGAUCAGUGUGGAGCAGCUUUUACUGAGUCAGGAAAGCUAAAGAUUCACCAACGUAUUCACACUGGAGAUAAACCGUUUAGAUGUGAUCAGUGUGGAGCAGCUUUUACCACAUCAGGUAAUCUAAGGACUCACCAACGUAUUCACACUGGAGAUAAACCGUUCAGAUGUGAACAGUGUGAUGCAGCUUUUACCAGACAAGAUCAUCUAAAGAAGCACCAACGUACUCACACGAGUGAUAAACUCUAAAGAUGUGAUCAGUAUGAAGUGUGGAAUCGCAAAAAACACCUUAGCACAGCAAAAAAAAAGCAAAAUAAUCAGACGUCAUACCAAAACUUGAAAGACUAUCAUAUGAUGCCCCCUGGACACCUCCUGGGAAGGUGUUCCUGGCAUGUCCCACCAGGAGAAGAUCCAGGACACACCGGAGGGAAUGUCUUUUGGCUGACCUGGGAACGUCUCUGGAUCCCUCCAGAAGAGCUGGAGGAAAUGUGUGGGGUGAGGGAAGUCUGGACAUCUUUGCUCAGACUGCUGCCCCCGCUAACCAGUCCCACAUCAACUGGAUGGAAAUGGAUGGAUGGACAAAAUCCAUAUAUCUGCAAAAAGCAGAAAUUUAUUGUUACACCAUACUGAGAUACAGAAUGUAAUCUAACUGUAGUAUGAACUAUUCCACAAAUACUGCAUUAGCGCAUCUCUAACAUCUCUACCUUCCUCCUCUCCACCCCCAGCCACUGCCACCACUGGCUGAAGUGUUGCUGCUGCAGGUACAUCCUAGGAUGUUUCCAUGUCUUUCCAUGACUUUCACACAGAUUAUGCAGUGGACAGGAAGUCAUCACCAUUCAUUUCACCAGUCGGACAUCACAGAAGGCAACCUGCUGAAUUCAUCUUCCACAACCACUCGUGCUCCGUUGACUUUGUGCUUAAACGCAGACUGUUCUGCUGUCAGUCGUCCAGUGUCAUGGAAUGGUUUCAAGAGCCAGUCCUGCAAAGGAUAAGUAGAGUCUCCAAGAAUUAAAUACCCAGCAGUCACUGUAUAUUCCUGAUGUGAAAUAGGAAGAUGUUCCUCCCACUGGCUAACUCCUGUGUAUGUAUUAUAUAUGUAAUCAACCAUUUGUCCUUGAGAGCUGAACUUUCAGGAUCGAUUUCUCGAAUGCUUUGUUAAAUUUGCCCCUUUUUAACAUUUCUUGAUAUUUUGAUGUUAAGUCCACUGUUUUUGGCAAUUUCUUUAAAUUUAAUAAAUUUCAGUACCCUUUUACCUGAAGUCUCCAUUAACACCAAACUUGGCACAAUUAAUGUUUUGGAUUGUACUUGUCAAGCCAACCAGGUUUGAGGAAGAUUUGUCAAAAAACGUAAUCGUACAGGAAUAUAUAAUGUUUCAUAUCAUAUUUAUUAAAAACAUCAUAACAGUGUUAACAUAUGGAUAUUUAGUAAAAUCCAUGAAUAGCAAAAAAAAAACGUCAGAUGUUCAAAAAGUGAUUUGAACUUUGAAAAGUUGCGAUUCUUCACGCACACAUCAAGGCUGGCGUACACACAUUUCUGAGGUUUUGUCCGUUGACGACACUCACUGGUGAUGCAUUGAAGUCCAGAAUAUGAGGAAACAUGACGUCAACAAUAAGUUCAAUACCACACGUGAAGGACAUGACAGUCCCCACAUCACCAGUGUUGUGCUACGUCCAGUGAUCAAGUGAACUCUGAACUUAUAAAUGUUUGUGAACAUUUUGUGAACGUGUAUUUCAACUUUAAAAGUCGGUUCAUCCCCGACCAGCCUCCUAAAAUGGCCGCCUUGUCCAGAACUACAAGACCAGCAUGCUUUGGGGGCGGUGCCUAAAAGCGUCGCGCAUCCAAUCACAAGUGAGGUGCUGGUGACGUGAUUGCAGACCGCGACCCGCAGUCGACAAAGCCCGCAGCUGCCCGACCCGGAUUCCGAGGAGGCGUGAGCUCAUGAGCCCUGGUGAUCAGUAAAACUUAGAGCGGUUCAGAACUGAGAUUACUGCAUACAUCAUCAUCAUUGUGUUCGUUAUGUUGUAGUCGCCAUUUUCUGCCAGUCAUUCACGUUUGAAACGGCCGCGUUUGCCAUCCGGUCUAGUUGCACGUGGCGAGGACGCGUCCAUCUUUAAAAUACCAGAGUCCCGCCAUCUUUAAACACUGCAGCCACGUUGUUUGAACCUGUUUUGUUGGAUCGUGUUUAUUAUUGUUUGAGUCCAUGCAUUUAACUUUCAUUUCAUUUUUAUUGUUGUUGUUUUUCUUGUUAGUUAAUGGUUUUUGUUUAUCGUAGUGUGCCAUCAGGAUUUAUUUUGGGUAUUUAUUUACAUCUGCUUUGGUACCCGUAUGUAAAUAAAUUCUGAUUGAUUUUUAA